UGCUUAUUGUGGGUUUAUUUUUAACAAUUGCCGUCAUCGCGCGUUCGUUUCGUUUGCCGUUCGUCUCGUAUUUGGCUGUGUGCUCGCCCUGCUUGCGUGUGUUAAUUAAAUUUAUUUCAGCAUUUUGCAAUGCGCGUAUUUGCUUUUGCGGCAAUUAACUGUAUACCAAAAAAUCCAUCGUCGACUGCAGUUUGCCGCGCGACCGAGUACAGUUAGGACGCCAUUCCGUUCUGUUCCCUCUCAUAUAUUCUUGGUAAAUUUCCACUGCGCGCGUCCGUCAUCAGCAUGGUGUUGACAAAUUUCGAGUGCUGGGCACAUGCAGACUCGGCGGGCCCGACUGCCGCCAAUUUCGAAACCACGCAGAUGCGACAAACCUUGGAUCCAUUCAAUCCACGUGCAGUCUCUUACACUGUCGCCCCCUCUGUCGACGCUGCCGGUGGCGGCUAUGCGUUCAAUGAUGCAAACAACAAUGAGCAGCCCAUGGAUGCUGCCGUCGCCGCGUCUGUAGCACGCUGCAAAAAGCGUUGUAACGGGAACGAGCCAUCCGAGGACGGGGAUAACCCGAUGUACACCAAGCGCUGCCGCUUCGACGAUGUGGAUCUGGCGGCCCAGUAUUGUAAUGAUUUCUUUUCCCUGCCUGCCACACAAAUAAUUGGAACACAGGCCUGCUUAAUGGAUUACGAGAUGCAGGCCAGCGGUGGUGGCGCUGGAGCUGGAGCUGGAGGCAUGAUGGUGGAAGCAGAGGCCCAGCAGCAGCAACAACAACAAAAACGGCUACAGCAGCAUUUUCAAGGUCAUUUGCAUCGCGCUAACCGUGAUGUGAGUCGUUGCAUGAUGUCGCACAUGAUUUAGAGAUCUUUCACACAAUAUAAAUAAUGAUAAAUGUAUAUAACACCCACCCACAUACUCUCCCAAAAGCAACGCACAUGCAAAAGAAACACAUGCAACAAUUCACCAAACGACGCGUUUCUCUCUUUGAUGAAUCCACAAAAUUUUCAAUAUUACUUAUAAGAAAAACUCACACGAAAAUACACACACACACACACAAGGAAACGCAAUGCCAGACCAAAAAGGGAAAUUGUAAAAAUAGCAAACGAAUCAAUUGAUCAAUCAAUAAAUAUUCCAAAUGAACGGUUGUACGCAUAUGUAUGUCUGUACAACCUAUUGUACAAAUCGAAAGAAAAUAGUAUUGAAAGAUCGUUGGAGAGUACCUGUACUUAAUAUGCAAAUGUCAAGCAAUACAAUACUUAAUUAACUUGAAAAACCUAAAACCAAACUAAGAGAAGCUAUGCAAUCAGCUAACACAGAAGCAAUAUGUAUAUGUAUACUUAAGACCGUGCUGUAAACUGCUUGAAGCGAUUGCUCAGACCCUUUACAAAGUGUUGGACGUACAUAUUUAGCAUCUAAGCAACUAUCACUUCAAGAUUCAAAUUUUGUGAACCAAUUCGCUGUUCCAUAAAUGUAGUUUAAGCUUUAGUGUAAGCUCAAUCACCAUAUGUUCAAGAUACGUACGAUGUUUUCAAUACGAUGCAAACGUUGUGGAUUUUCGGUACUUCUUUAACGUAUUACCCGAUCAAUUACCAUGUUUCCUUCGGUUUUGUAAUGGAUAUUUUACAUGCAUUGGAAUCGAAAUGAAAUGAAAUAUUAUUACCUUAAUACAA